AAAAAAUUUAAAAAGAACUGGGGAUGUUGCUCAGUGUGAAGCCCUGGGUUCAGUCCCCAGUGCAGGAGGAAAAAAGAUCCUGUGAGUGCAAGAAUUUUGGCAGAGCAGCUGUGGCCCCUCAUAAUUCAGCUGCAAUCUCGGUCUCCCGCAACUCACCCACCACACUCAGAAUUUCCACACAGCCACAUAAACCUCCACACGCUCCAGCCUGGGUGCUCUGCCACCAUCAUCUGCCUGGCAAGGUCCUAUUCCCUUAAAUACCCAAAGGCUCAUGUCACCCUUCACUUUGAAAUCUUCCUUUAUCUGCCCCACUCCUUCCAAAGACUCAAUCGCUCCUGCUUCUAAAUUCUUGUGAGACCUUGCACAGACUUCUGCUGCUGCCCUCCUGUCUUUAGAAAUGUUUGUUUCUGUCAUUCCUUCUUCCAGGACUGUGACCAAUAGCACCUGGCUUCAUUUAUGAUCCACAAAUAUUUACUGGACUGAAAUAGAUUGUGUUUGAUAUUGAUUGAAAAGAAAUGGUGUUUGAUACAAGCCUGGUCUUAUAAGUAAAUUGCUAAUUAUAUGGUCUGAAUCCUGGAGAUUCAGGGAGGUCCCCUCCCACCUUCAAAUUCCUUCUGCACUGGCUCACUUGUGUCUAAAAUUCCACACUAAACUUUCAUUCCUCUGCUUAAAGCCUACAGUGUAGGACGUUAAUCAGAUCCUUGCCCAAUCUCAGGUUUGAUGGAAGGUAGGGUGGAGCAGGAAAGGAGCUCGAGGAGGAAGAGUGGACAGACCCGGCCCUCCGAGGAUAAAGCCUGGUACCUGGGAUUCCCGGAAGGCUGUCUGAGAACUUGGCCUCAAAUCAGAGUACUCUGAAGAGCAGCUACCCCUUGGAACCACCACUGCAUCAUGAGCCAAGACAAAGGACCUGUUAUUAGAACCUUCCAUGUAGUUUGCAUCAUGACCUUAAUAGUCGGAACCAUCACCCAGAUCUGUGAAGAAAGUGAAUUUGAAGCGUGCAUGUCAAAAAAUAACCUUACUCACAUUCCAAAAAACCUGCUACCAACAACCAAAAGCUUAGAUGUAUCUCAAAACUACAUAUCUGAGCUUCAGAUCUCUGACAUCAGCUUUUUGUCAGGGCUGAAAGUUCUGAAACUCUCCCAUAAUAGAAUCCAGAGAAUUGAUUUGAGUAUUUUCAAGUUCAAUCAGGAUUUGGAGCAUUUGGAUUUAUCUCAUAAUCAGCUGCGAAAGAUGUCCUGCUACCCGGUGGUGAGUCUGAAGCAUUUAGACCUCUCAUUCAAUGACUUUGAUGUGCUGCCCAUCUGUUUGGAAUUUGGCAACUUGACUCAACUCAGUUUCCUAGGAUUAAGUGCUGUGAAGUUUCAACCAUUAGAUCUACUACCCAUUGCUUCCUUGCAUCUAAAUUACCUUCUUCUGGUUUUGGGAGAUAAUUAUGUAGAUGAAAAUAUGAAAGAAAAUCUUCAAGUUCUGAAUACAAAAAUACUUCACUUUGUUUUUCAACCAAAUAGUUUAUUCUCUGUCCAGGUGAACAUAUCAGUUAAUACUUCAGGGUGCUUACAACUGACCAAUAUUAAAUUGAAUGAUGAGAACUGUCAAGUUUUUGUUAACUUUUUAUUAGGACUCAUUAGAGGUCCGACAUUACUGAAUCUUAUUCUCAAUCAUGUGGAAACCCCUUGGACAUGUUUGGUUAACAUUUUUCGAUUCCUUUGGCCCAGACCUGUGGAAUACCUUAACAUUUACAAUUUAACAAUAGAUCAAAAGGUUACAGAAAUAAAAUUUAUUUACCCUGCAACAACCUUGAAAGCCGUGAAGAUAGAACAUAUUACAAAGCGAGUUUUUCUUUUUUCACAGACAGUAUUAUACAGAGUGUUCUCGGAGAUGAAUAUUCUGAUGCUAACUAUAUCAGACACACCUCUGGUUCACAUGCUGUGCCCUGACACACGCAGCCCAUUUAAGUUUUUAAACUUUAGCCAAAAUGUGUUCACGGAUAGUGUUUUUGACACAUGCUCCACUUUGGUGAUGCUGGAGACACUUAUCUUGCAAAAGAAUAGUUUAAAAAACCUUUUCAAAGUAAGCCUUAUGACUAAAAACAUGCCAUCUUUAAAAACGCUGGAUCUUAGUGGGAAUUCUCUGGGAAUUCAUACACAUGAACAAAAUUGCACUUGGAGCGAGAGCAUAGUGCUGUUAAAUUUGUCUUCCAAUGUACUUACUGAGUCUGUAUUCAGAUGUUUACCUCCCAAAGUCGAGGUACUUGAUCUUCACAGCAAUAGGAUAAUGAACAUCCCUGAGGAUGUCACCUAUCUGGAGUCUUUGCAAGAACUCAAUGUUGCUUUCAAUUCUUUAACCGACCUUCCUGGAUGUGAUACCUUCAGUAGCCUUUCUGCACUGAUCAUUGACCAUAAUUUAGUUUCCCACCCAUCAACUGAUUUUUUCCAAAGCUGCCAGAAGAUUAGGUCAAUGAAAGCAGGGAACAACCCAUUCCAUUGCACGUGUGAGUUAAGAGAAUUCAUCAAAAAUACUGGCCAACUGUCAAGUGACAUAGUGUGGGACUGGCCUGAAACUUACAAGUGUCACUAUCCAGACCCUUAUAAGGGAAUCCUGCUAAAGGACUUCCAUGUGUCUCCACUAUCCUGCAACACAACUCUGCUUAUCGUGACCAUAGUGACCUCCAUGCUGGUGUUGGCUGCUACUGUCACCUUCCUCUGCCUCUACUUCGAUCUGCCCUGGUAUCUCAGGAUGAUGUGUCAGUGGACCCAGACCCGGCGCAGGACCAGGAACAUCCCCUUAGAGGAACUCCAAAGAAAUCUUCAGUUUCAUGCUUUUGUCUCCUACAGUGAACUUGAUUCUGCCUGGGUGAAGAAUGAAUUACUACCGAACCUUGAGAAAGAAAACUUACAGAUCUGCCUCCAUGAGAGGAACUUUGUCCCUGGCAAGAGCAUCGUGGAAAAUAUCAUCAGUUGCAUUGAGAAGAGCUACAAGUCCAUCUUUGUUUUGUCUCCCAACUUUAUCCAGAGCGAGUGGUGCCAUUAUGAACUCUACUUUGCCCACCACAAGCUCUUCUGGGAAGGGUCUAACAACCUAAUCCUGAUCUUGCUGAAACCCAUCCCAGAGAACAACAUUCCCAGCAAGUAUCACAAGCUGAGGGCUGUCAUGGCACAGCGGACUUACCUGGAAUGGCCCACAGAGAAGAGCAAGCAUGGACUUUUUUGGGCUAACGUUAGAGCUGCUUUCAAUAUUAAAUUAACACUAACCAGUGACUACGAUGAUGCAAAAACUUUAGAAAGUCAGGAAAUCUAAACUAAGAGAUCUGGACUUUGAUGAACAUGAUGGUUUUAAGUUAUAGCUGGAGGUUUUCCAUAUACUUUUUUCAUAUAUUUGGGAAACAAUUCAUGGAGACCUUACUCCAGCUGAGUUGGGGAAUUGGGCUGGGAGUGAAGGUAGUGCUUACUUCUCACAUUAGCUCCACCUCAGUCUCUUCUGGUUUAACUAUUUGUUUUCACAUCGAAAUAGCCUUUUCACUGCUCAGUCAUUUGGGGGAGAUUUCCCCUCCCCUCUCCUUUCCCCAAUGGAUUCUGUGUGAUCAAGAGUCUAUGUAGUUUCAUGUCAGCAAGAAAAGAAUCGAGGUCAGGACUGUGCUCAUGGGCCUUUGGCUUAAACCAUGGAUCUCAUUGGCCUCUGGGUGAGCUUUAUUAUCCUACUCAGCUUUGAGGCUUGAGAAAAAAUUCUUCCAGUGCUGGGAUAUAAGAAAGCAUGUUUUUUCCAUAUUGGGUAAUAUUUUAAGUUUUUGAUCCUGGUACAAACAUAUGUGAUUAACCAGUGGAGAUUCAUGACAUAAAAAUGUAUGUGCAUAAAGAGAAACAAAAGACGCAGGUGUACUUGCUUGCCAAGUAGGGCCAAAUUCACUUGUAUGUCUAACUUGAUGUUGAAUAGGGUUUUUUUCUGAUUGUCUUAGAAUUGUCUGGUUGCCUUUGAGCUGGCCAGGACACUUCUACCUUGCUUAAAUCACUGACUUUUGGAUUCCUCUGAUAGAGCAUGUUAGUCUGUGCCCUCAGGAACACAGACAUCUGUUACACAGAGUAAUGGACAGCUCUCCUCUUAUCACAGGACCCUGUGUGUCCCACUCCGCGCCCUGGAGCAGAGCAUCUGCCAUCCCAAGGUGCUGUUCUCUCUCACCCGUACAACUGCAGAACAGCCUCUCACUGGCUUCCUUGCCACCACUCUUGCUGCACAUGUUUCCUAAAUGGCAGUCGCAGUGAUUUAAGGUGUAAAUUAUACUAAGCUAUUUCCUGCUUAAAACCUCCUAGUGACCUACCUCCCCAGCAAUGGGAUGAUAAUCAAACCCUUCCUGGUGGCCCAGGAUCGGUCACGGUCUGCUUUCCUCUCCGAACUCCCCCGUCUUUCCUGUCCCUCUUGUCUUUCCUCUUGUUCCAGGUGCCUUCUGGCUGUUCUGAAUGCCUCACAUUGGCUUCCGCCUGUGUCACCCGUACCCUUGGCUGGAGCGGUUUUCUCUGAGUCAGCUUAGCUGUCCUCACAUUAGCAUCUCCCUCCCACAGCACCUCGGCAGAGGGUCUCGUGGCCCUCUGGUGGCCUCCUGCACAUUCCUCUCGUUCUUGCCUUCUCAGCACACGUCAUUCUCUGCUCUUCCUGCUUCCCUCCACUCACUGUAAGGGCAGAAGAAUGGGAACCUAUGCAGGAGUUCACCGCUUCUCCCCCGUGCACUGCCCAAGCAGAUGCGCAGUGAAAGCCUGCAGACAGCCCCAAUUGGCCUCAGUGUCAUCGCAGCCCUUGAUUUUACCCGAAAGAACCUUGUGGACAUGGAGCAGCUAGACUGUGGUGAGUGGGCCCUGGCAGGGUCCGUGCUGAGCGCCGGUUAGCCCGGGGUUCCCUGUUCUGCUGGCUGACCGGCGAGCUGACCGUGGCCUUGAGCGCCUGGGCCUGUUGUGCUCCUCUGCGGAGGGCUCUGCACUCCUCUCCCCAGGCCGCUUAAGGAGGUGAGACGACCCCAGGUUUAACCUGAUGCUGAGACAGAGGAGCAGGAGCGCGCCUUGCAGAUGAGCCCUUGCUCGCCCACCUGCGGCUCCUCCCUUGCCUGGGCCGAGAUAGCCCUUUCGUUUUGAAGGUCCUAAAAAAGUACACUUAUUUGACCAGUACAGACACCAUACUCAUGUGUUGAAAUAUCACACUGUACCUCAAAAAUUGUUUUAAAAUGUGUAUCUAGGGAGGGGAGGGGAAGGAGAUAAAGAAUUGAGAUGUGUUACCUGCAUGUGCCAACUCUCUAGGAUGACUGACAUUCAUUGUAUACUGCAGACACGUAUGCAUACAUACAUGUGGGAAAUAAAAAAAGCCAUGUAUCUCAAAAUUGCUCAAAUAGUAGAUUUUAAAUGUUCUUACCACAAAGAAAUGAGAAGUAUGCGAGUAAUGAGUAUGCUAAUUAGCUUGAUUUCAUUACUCCACAAUGUUAUAACAUCAUGUCAAACCCCAUAAAUAGGUACACUUAUUUAUCAACAAUAAAAAUUUAAAAACUAAAAAA